AUGCCGAUGGCUGGUGCCCGUCAGCUGCAUUUGCUUGCUGACAACGCCAACCCAGAAGGCACUGUGCCCGAAUCGAUGCAGGAGCCGUUCACGAUCAACUUGGGUGACGAGUCGUUCCACAGCUACCGCAUCGACCUGCCCUCGCACAAUCUUACUGUCACAAAGGAGGAGCUUAUCCGCCUCUACAGUGAGAUGGUGAAGAUGCGCCGCAUGGAAAUGGCGGCGGACCAGUCGUACAAGCACAAGCUGAUCCGUGGUUUCUGCCACCUUGCUAUCGGUCAGGAGGCCGUGGCUGUGGGUAUGGAGUCUGCUAUGAAGUCCGAUGACAACGUCAUCACUGCUUACCGCUGCCACACGUUUGUUGUGCAGCGCGGCGGUACCAUCCGUGGACUUAUGGCCGAGCUGUACGGUCGCGAGCUCGGUCACUCGAAGGGUAAGGGUGGCUCGAUGCACAUUUACCAGCCGAACUUCUUCGGCGGCAACGGUAUUGUCGGCGCGCAGGUGCCGCUCGGUGCCGGCCUUGCCUUCGCUCAGAAGUACAACAAGUCGGACCACGCCACGUUCACGCUCUACGGUGACGGCGCCUCCAACCAGGGCCAAGUGUUUGAGGCUUUCAACAUGGCCAAGCUUUGGAACCUCCCCUGUGUGUUCAUCUGUGAAAACAACAAGUACGGUAUGGGCACCAGUGCCGAGCGCAGCUCGAUGAACACUGAAUUCUACAAGCGCGGUGACGUUAUUCCCGGUAUCCAGGUGAACGCCAUGGACGUGCUUGCUGUCAAGCGCGCCACUGAGUUCACGCGCGAGUAUACCGUGUCGGGCAAGGGUCCGAUCCUGAUGGAGCUUGUGACGUACCGCUACGGUGGUCACUCGCUCUCGGACCCAGGCACGACCUACCGUACCCGUGAGGAAAUCCAGAAGAUGCGCAGCUCUUCCGACUCGAUCCAGGGUCUUAAGACGCAGAUUCUCCGCUGGGGUAUCCUGGAAGAGUCUGAGCUCAAGAAGAUCGACAAGGCUGCUAAGGAGGAAGUCGACAAGGAGGUGGAGAUCGCCAAGGCCGCUGAGCUGCCGAAGGACGAUGAGAUCUUCUUGGAUGUUUACCAGAAGGGCACUGGCCCGUCCUUCCUCCGUGGCCGUGAGCGCGGUGAGAACUUCUACCUUUAA